AUGAAUGUCUGGUAUUCUUUUGGUAACAUUGCUGGAUAUGGUGUUGACUUUAACGUUAAUACAGCUGCUGGACGUUUAUUAACUGCUGGUUUAUAUGGAAUUGAUGAUAUCAAAAAUGGAAAAAUUCUAUCUGAUCGUAUUGGUGUUCUCGUUGAUACAGCAGUUGAAGAAUAUUAUUUAAAAGAAAUAUCUUUUGGUCGUUGA